UAAGAUUUGAGGGAAGUUCCUCUCCAGCCUGAUGUAACCUCCGAUUCUACGGACUUUACAGGGAAAAUUGGCAAAGCGAGGUUGAAGCAUGCACUGCCAUAGCCACUUGCAGCACUGCACACUACUAGUAAAAGUGCUAACUAGGGGAGCAUGACUAACUAGUUGUGUGGAAAAUUAUGGGAUGGAUUGCCAUGGCAACAGACCAGACGUCACAAUCUGGGCAUGUGUGUUCCAUUUUUGUCUUUCUUAUUUUCAGACUGGAGGAUUUGGAUAGAGAAGAGGGGGAAAGGAAAGGAUUUUUUUUGUCGGUGAUUUAGAAAUAGGACAGCUAUCGUUUUUUCCCUGAAAUUAAAAAAAAAAAAGCUCUCUGACCGGACGUGUCCAUUUUUUUUUCUCGAAACAUUUAGAGCACACAGUGGUAUUCUGAGGGUUAAGUUUCAGUACUUCAUUCUUGGCGUGAGUGUGAUUUGGUUAUGCAGUAAAGAUGCCUGGCUCUCUAAGCAAUGAAGACGAGGGGCAAGACGACAUGGAUUUUGAAGACGAAAUACCAGGCCAAAACACAUUUCCAGAGGAUCAGAAAAUUGACCCCAGCAUCCAAUUACUAAAAUUUGAAAACAUGAAACAAAGAUGAGGAUGAGGAAAGUGCUGGCCGAAGGGUCCCGCUUUCACCUCUGGACCGGUUCUUCUCAGAUGACGAGUCCCUCAAGGAGCAGAAGAAGAAGAAGUCGGCCAAGCUAAAAGAGGGGAAGAUGCCCAAGGUCAAGAAGAAGAAAAAAGAGGUGGCCGUGAGCGAGCAUGAGGACACGUCGGACAGAGACGAGGACGACCACAGGCGGGAGAGGUCCGGCAGCGAGAGCAGCACCUACGCCUCGAUGAAGAAGAAGAAGAAGCCCAAGGAGAAAAAAGAGAAGAAGACCAAACGCAGGAAGAGGGAGGAGGAGGAAGAUGACGACGAUGAUGAUGAUGGGAAUAUGAAGGAGCCAAAGUCCUCGAGUCAGCUGAUGCUGGAGUGGGGUCUGGAGGAUGUGCAGUACGCCUUCUCUGAGGAGGACUACAAGACCAUCACCAACUACAAAGCCUUCAGCCAGUUCCUCAGGCCCCUUAUUGCCAAGAAGAACCCCAAGAUCCCCAUGUCCAAAAUGAUGACGGUACUGGGGGCCAAGUGGCGGGAGUUCAGUGCCAACAACCCUUUCAAGGGCACCUCUGCCACGGCCGUGGCUGCUGCUGUGGCCGCUGCCGUGGAAACAGUCACCGUGUCGCCACCCAUCUCUCUCAGCAGCGUCCAGCAGGCGUUGCAGCCGGGGCCAAUCAGAAAAGCCAAAACCAAAGAAGGAAAAGGGCCCGGGGUUAGAAAGAAGAGUAGAAGCAGUGUGAAGGACAUGAAGAAGAAGGGCAAAGGCAAGAAGACCAAAUCCAAGUCAGGCCAAAGUUCCAAGAGGAAAAAGGCAUCAUCGAGCGAGGAGGACUUCCUGGAUGAGUCGGACUUCCCGGAUGAUGUCAGCAUCCACAGUGCCUCCGUCCUCUCGGACAGCGCGGGGGCGCCCAAGAAGAAGCCCCCGAUGACACCGACGGCUGCUGCGGCUGCUCGACGAGGCCGCAAGAAGAGGAAAAGAGAGGAUGGUGAUGGUUAUGAGACGGACCACCAGGACUACUGCGAGGUGUGCCAGCAGGGUGGUGAGAUCAUCCUGUGCGACACCUGCCCACGCGCUUAUCACCUGGUGUGCCUGGAGCCUGAACUGGAGAAGGCCCCUGAGGGCAAGUGGAGCUGCCCCCACUGUGAGAAGGAAGGUAUACAGUGGGAGCCUAAGGACGAAGAGGAGGAGGAAGAGGAGCCGGUGGGCGAGGAGGAGGACGACCACAUGGAGUUCUGUCGGGUGUGCAAAGACGGCGGCGAGCUGCUGUGCUGCGACACGUGCCCCUCCUCUUACCACAUCCACUGCCUUAACCCACCCCUCCCCGAGAUCCCCAACGGAGAGUGGCUGUGCCCUCGCUGUAUGUGUCCCCCUCUCAAAGGUAAGGUGCAGAAGAUCCUGCACUGGAUGUGGGGUGACCCUCCCCUGCCUGCGGAGCUGCCCCCUGGGCCGGACGGCGAGCCUGCUGACCCCCUGGCCAAGCCUCCCUUAAAGGGUCGCCCAGAGAGGAUGCUGUUUGUGAAGUGGGCCAGCCUCUCCUACUGGCACUGUUCCUGGGUCAGCGAGUUGCAGCUGGAACUGUACCACACGGUCAUGUACCGCAACUACCAGCGUAAGAACGACAUGGACGAGCCGCCGCCGUAUGACUACGGCUCCGGGGAGGAGGAGCUGAACAUCGAGAAGAGGAAGAGCAAAGACCCUCAUUACGCCGCCAUGGAGGAGCGCUUCUACCGCUACGGCAUCAAGCCUGAGUGGAUGAUCAUCCACCGUAUCCUCAACCACAGUUUUGAUAAGGACGGAGAUUUGCAUUACCUCAUUAAGUGGAGAGACCUGCCGUAUGACCAGUGCACCUGGGAGGUGGACGACUUUGACAUUCCAGAGUACGACAACUUCAAGCAGUCAUAUUGGGAUCACAGGGAGCAGGUGCUGGGUGAGGACCAUCGCCCCCUGGUGGUGAGACAGGACAAGGGCGCCUCUAAGGACGAGAAGAAGAGGGAAGUCAUUCCUGACUCACCCAUAGUUGAUCCCACCAUUAAGUUUGAGCAGCAGCCGUGGUACGUCAACGAAACCGGGGGCACCCUGCACCCGUACCAGCUGGAGGGCCUGAAUUGGCUGCGCUUCUCCUGGGCACAGGGCACAGACACCAUCCUGGCCGACGAGAUGGGCCUGGGCAAGACGGUGCAGACCAUUGCAUUCCUUUACUCGCUUUACAAGGAGGGUCAUUCCAAAGGGCCAUUUUUGGUAAGCGCUCCCCUGUCCACCAUCAUUAACUGGGAGAGGGAAUUUGAGAUGUGGGCGCCAGACUUCUACGUGGUGACUUACACCGGUGACAAAGACAGCCGCGCAGUCAUCCGUGAGAACGAGUUCACCUUCGAGGACACCGCUGUCAAAUCUGGCCGCAAGGUGUUCCGUAUGAAGAAAGAUACGCCUAUAAAAUUCCAUGUCCUGCUGACCUCAUAUGAGCUGAUUACCAUCGAUCAGGCCAUUCUGGGUUCGAUUACCUGGGCCUGUCUGGUGGUAGACGAAGCACACAGGCUUAAAAAUAACCAAUCAAAGUUUUUCAGAAUCCUGAAUGGCUACAAAAUUGACUACAAGCUGCUUCUCACCGGAACGCCCCUGCAGAACAAUCUAGAAGAGCUCUUUCAUCUGCUCAACUUCCUCACUCCAGAGCGCUUCAAUAACCUGGAGGGCUUCCUGGAGGAGUUUGCGGACAUCUCCAAGGAGGACCAGAUCAAGAAGCUGCAUGACCUGCUGGGGCCCCACAUGCUGCGGCGGCUCAAGGCCGACGUCUUCAAGAACAUGCCGGCCAAGACGGAGCUCAUCGUCCGCGUGGAGCUCAGCCCCAUGCAGAAGAAGUACUACAAGUUCAUCCUCACACGGAACUUCGAGGCGCUGAACUCCAAGGGCGGAGGCAAUCAAGUGUCCCUGCUCAACAUCAUGAUGGACCUCAAAAAGUGCUGCAACCACCCCUACCUGUUCCCUGUGGCCGCUGUGGAGGCCCCAGUUCUCCCGAAUGGUUCCUAUGAUGGAAACCUGCUGGUGAAGUCCUCAGGCAAGCUCACGCUGCUGCAGAAGAUGCUCAAGAAGCUGAAGGACGAGGGACACCGGGUGCUCAUCUUCUCCCAGAUGACAAAGAUGCUGGACCUGCUAGAGGACUUCCUGGAGUAUGAGGGCUACAAGUACGAGCGGAUAGACGGAGGCAUCACAGGUGGCCUGCGGCAGGAGGCCAUCGAUCGCUUCAAUGCACCCGGAGCGCAGCAGUUCUGUUUCCUGUUGUCCACGCGAGCUGGUGGACUGGGAAUCAACCUGGCCUCCGCAGACACGGUCAUCAUCUACGACUCGGACUGGAACCCCCACAAUGACAUUCAGGCGUUCAGCAGAGCACACCGCAUCGGUCAGAACAGGAAGGUGAUGAUCUACCGCUUCGUGACGCGGGCCUCGGUGGAGGAGCGCAUCACGCAGGUGGCUAAGCGCAAGAUGAUGCUGACCCACCUUGUGGUGCGGCCCGGCCUUGGCUCCAAGACCGGCUCCAUGUCCAAGCAGGAGCUGGACGACAUCCUCAAGUUCGGCACCGAGGAGCUCUUCAAGGAUGACAUGGAGGCUAUGGGUAGCCUCGGUAGCCUCGGGUACUUAUGCAGGUCGGGAAAGUCUAAGAAAGUAUCCAGUUAUGGAUCACUAGGGGACACCAAAGAUGGGGAGGAGGGCAGCGUGAUCCACUACGAUGACGCCGCCAUCUCCAAGCUACUGGACCGCAGUCAGAACACCACGGAGGACACAGAGAUCCAGAACAUGAACGAGUACCUGAGCUCCUUCAAGGUGGCCCAGUACGUGGUGCGGGAGGAGGAUGGAGAGGAGGAGGUGCAGCGUGAGAUCAUUAAGCAGGAGGAGAACGUGGACCCGGACUACUGGGAGAAGCUGCUGCGCCACCACUACGAGCAGCAGCAGGAGGACCUGGCGCGCAACCUGGGCAAGGGCAAGCGCAUCCGCAAGCAGGUCAACUACAACGACACCUCCCAGGAGGACCAAGAGUGGCAAGAUGAUCUUUCAGACAAUCAGUCCGAGUACUCGCUGGGGUCCGAGGACGAGGACGAAGACUUCGAGGAGAGGCCGGAAGGAGGUCGCAGACAGUCACGAAGACAGCUGAAGAGUGAGCGGGACAAGCCGCUACCACCGCUAUUGGCACGUGUCAGCGGAAACAUCGAGGUGCUGGGCUUUAAUGCACGCCAGCGUAAGGCUUUCCUGAAUGCCAUCAUGCGCUGGGGAAUGCCCCCACAAGAUGCCUUCAACUCCCACUGGCUGGUGAGGGACCUGCGGGGCAAGAGUGAGAAAGAGUUCAGGGCAUACGUGUCCCUCUUCAUGAGGCACCUGUGUGAGCCAGGAGCCGACGGAGCUGAGACGUUUGCCGACGGCGUCCCACGAGAGGGACUGUCCCGCCAGCACGUCCUCACCCGCAUCGGGGUCAUGUCUCUCGUCCGCAAAAAGGUGCAGGAGUUUGAGCAUGUGAAUGGAAAGCUGAGUUCUCCUGAGCUGAUCCCUGCCGGGCUGGAACUGAAGAAGCUGACGGAGAGCGUCUCCUCCGACCCCAACACGCCGGUCCCUGCCAGCCCCUACCCCACCCAGCCCAGCACACCUGUGCCCUCAGAGAGGGCAGAGUCCACCUCAGGGCCUGCUGAGGAGAAGGAGACUGCUGAGAACACUGACACUACGAAACCCACAGAGCCUGAGGGGCCUGCUGGAUCCGAGCCCUCCCCCGCUCCAGAGAAGACGCCGCCUGAGAGCGAAGAGUCCAAAGGAACUUCCGAGGACAAACCUGCAGAGGAGAGUGAAAAAACAGAGCCGGCCACAGCGCAAUCAGAGCCAGCCGCCAAUCCCACGCAGCCCUCAGUCAAACAGACAGAGCCAUCGACCAAUCAGACAGCAGCUGCCCCAGCAGAAACAUGCCGAGAAGCAGAGAAACCACAGGAGAAAGCAGAGUGUGAAACUCCCUCUUCUAAAGAAGACAAAGAACAAAAAGCAGUCCCAUGUGACGAGCCCAAACAGGAGGAUGCCCCAGAGGGCCAGCUGAAUGGAGACAGGGACCCCAGGGACGAGACGGACGAAGUCCUGAAGGACGUCAAAAACGGCUGCAAGACCAAGUUCAUGUUCAACAUCGCCGACGGAGGCUUCACAGAGCUACAUACCCUCUGGCAAAACGAGGAGCGUGCCGCCAUGUCGUCAGGCAAGACGUACGAGAUCUGGCACCGCCGACAUGACUACUGGCUGCUGGCUGGCAUCGUCACACACGGCUACGCUCGCUGGCAGGACAUUCAGAAUGACCCGCGCUAUGCCAUCCUCAAUGAGCCCUUCAAGACCGAAAUGCACAAGGGCAACUACUUGGAGAUGAAGAACAAGUUUCUCGCAAGACGCUUUAAGUUGCUGGAGCAGGCCCUGGUCAUUGAGGAGCAGCUGAGACGGGCGGCCUACCUGAACAUGACCCAGGACCCCAGCCACCCGGCAAUGGCCCUCAACACACGCUUCACCGAGGUGGAGUGUCUGGCUGAGUCCCACCAGCACCUGUCCAAGGAAUCUCUGGCCGGGAACAAGCCUGCUAACGCCGUGCUUCACAAAGUGCUGAACCAGUUGGAGGAGCUGCUGAGCGACAUGAAGGCUGACGUGACGCGUCUGCCCUCCAUGCUGUCGCGGAUCCCUCCGGUCUCGGCCCGCCUGCAGAUGUCCGAGCGGAGCAUCCUGAGCCGACUCACCAGCCGUGGCAACGAGCCGCCCCCCCAGCAGCCAUACCCUCAGGGCUCCUACGGGUGCUCUCAGAUGUACAGCGGGAGCUUCAGUGGGGGGUUCCGAGGGCCUGGGGGAGCCAUGGUCAACUACAGCCAGAUGCCCCUGGGACCCUACGUCAGCGUGUCCAGUGGACCUCCUCCAUCUGGACUCCUGGAUAAGAAAUCCAGCGACCCUCUGAGAGACGUCACCACCCCCGAUCUGAAGUCAGGGAAACCCAACGACGUCAUCUGCAUCGAGGACUAGCUCCUACCCCGGCCCCUCUGAUCUGGCAUUACGAAAAGUAAAACAAAAACAAAACCAGACUGGCAUAUACUAAGCGAGUAUUAUUAUACAUACAGAUAUUGUAUUAACUAAUCGUAUUGAUUGCACUUUUUUGUCUUUAACGACCCCUCAUGUAAAGAAUCUGCCAUCUGAUAGGGUUUAUUUUCCUGUGCUGUAUCUCUCUUAUAUGAGAUAUGAGAGUUGUCAACCGUUGGAAUAGAAGGUGUGUCAUAGGAAUUGGCACAGCCAGUCUUCUCUUCACCUGAGGAGGAUGCUUUAUUGCCAACACCACCUGACAUUUUUGCCAUUUUCUCUCUUUCUCUCGCUAUCUCUCCCUCUCUCGCUUUCUGUGGAAUCAUGGGUAUUGUCUCCAUUGUGGACAUGAUGCUGGAUGGAUUGCCAUGGCUCUGCAUCUCGAGGUGCUACUGGAUCCAGAGAAGCCUCUUAGCAGUGGGCUUCUGUCCACCAAACUCUCCUCCAAGAUCUCUCUCCUUCCCUCUACUCCCUCCAAGUUCCCUCUCUUUAACCUGUGGAGCCCGUGGACUGUCUCUUGGUACAGCCUUGUGCUAAAGAGGAAACUUCUCUUGUGAAGGAGAGCCCAGAUUGGUCCUCUCCGAUCUGGUCCUGCUGAAGUAGAGAUAUGUACCCUGUAUAUUGUAUGUAUGUUGUAUACCGUACGACAGCAUGGCACCUAGUUCUUCUUCUCUGCUUCUGACCAGUUUCUGAUUGUUUCUUUUUUUAAUCCUGGUAUACAGUUUACUUUUCAUAGCAGCUUCAGUUUAAUUCUAUAAUCAGUAUCCCUUUUCAGGGGUAUCGAAGAACUCUAAAACAAUAUUUUGCCUGCGAUAUGCCUCAAACCUUUGGCUUAUGUAAGACUUGCUACUCUGCAGCCAUACUGCUGCAUUGCGGUAUAAUUUCACCUGGCUGAACAUCUCAGAUGUAAAUAGUUAAAGAGAAAGCUGUUUAAUAUCCCUCGCAUAGUGAAGGGACUCGAAUGAAACAAGGCAUUUACUCGAACGAAAAACAAAGCAGCUGCGUGCGGUUUAGAGAGCAAGCAGCGUUAAUUUAAUGUCAAUAAAGCAAGCUGAUAAAUUAAUGCUAGGAUUAGUUUGUGCGCUGACUCGGAUUUUGUAAAUGCUCUUUGAGCCUACCACAUGAAUGUUAGAAAGAGAAUGUGAAAGCUCGCCCUGUCCUGUGGUAUGUCUCGCAGUUGGUGCACCAGGAGUUUAAUGGGAGUGUAUCUUAGGGAGAGGGGGACUUCCCUUUUCAUAGCAAGGAACAGAUAAAGGGGGGAAAAAAUCAGAAGUGCUUGCAUCAUUAUGUCAACUUUCGGCCUCUGACUUUUGCUUCAUAUUUCUUCAUGAAGGUGCGAUGUGUAUUCAAUACAAAGUUUAACAUUUUUGUGUCUGUGAAGCGAACGGAAAACAAAACAGCGGGAAAAAAAAUCAAAAGCUGUGCUACUGAACAGUUACUCAGAGUUGUGAGCUCUGUUUCAGGGUGUCUUUUAUUCUUGGUGGGGGAGCAACAUAUAGUAAAAUUCAUAUUUUAGACAGACAGCAUGACAAGUUUGCUACAGAAACAGCGCUCACACUGUCUAUCUGUGAUUGUCUGAAGUGAUAACUACCUUGGAAAAAUGUUUUAUUGCGAUUUUUUGUCUUUUAAUGAAUGUCUUUUCAAUGUUUUUAUCAGUGGCCUCCUUAUGAGGUGUUUUGAUUUUCUCCAAAGACCAGAGGCAUUACUUGUGUCCUUUUUUUUUAAAAAAGUUAUGAUUCUCCUUAUAGUAUGAUUAUUAUUAUUAUUAUUAUUAUUAUUGUCGUUGUUGUAUUAGUACAGCGCUUUACUGUGGAAAUGUAAGUCUAAAAUGGUGUAGUCUUUAUGGAGGGCGGGGGGGUCUGGAACAGUGCAAUGAAUAGAACAAGGGUGCAUCGUGUCUGACUAAAUCUGUGUGUUUUGAUAUAAAAAAGGCACUAAGUGUCUCUCUUAAAUGUGGGCCGGAGAUCGGACUGUUGAACAGGUGACCUGAUGACCUUGAGAUUUUCUGCCUUGCGUGUCCUCCUUGGGCCAAACCUGUGUUUGUAAAAUGACUGAAUGAAGCACUUUAUCUGGGGAGAGAUACUGUCUCAAGAUGUCGUGGGAGUCAAAAUGUAAAUGAAGGCCAGACUAAAGUAGGUUCUUUGAAGUAGUACGUCAGUGCAGUAGACAUCAUUAAUUCACACGUUUGCCACCCCUCUUGAAACCCUCUUUCUGAAGAGCAGUCUUCACUUCAGGUGUAUGUACUUUUCAGCCCACUUGAUGUCCCAAGCUCAACCCUUUGAUUGUAGGCCUAAGUUAGGCCAUACUGCAGUAGUUUUGAUUAGCUUUGACAAGUGCACACCAUCCUGCUGUAUAUUCUUGGGUGCGUCACUCAUCAAACAUAGGCUCAUAAGAUAAUGUUUCCCAGGCUGUACUCAUUGAUGUCAGAAGACCAUCGAUCAUUUGCGUGCAACUCUGGCAUGUCAUGUGACAGACAUAAACAGGCCCACAGACAUAAACAUGUUUAGUAUGCCAUAAAUCUACAGUGGACCAGAGAUAAGAAACCAAUAUAUAUAAAGACCUACAUUUUUGUCAAUCUACAGUAUUUUGCUGGAAAAAGGAAGUUCAAAUUUGACCCAACUUUUGUAACCAGACAUUAUAUAUUCAUUUUUUUUCUGUUCCGUCCAAUAUAGUUCUGUUGUGUUCUUAGUUAAUCAGAGUGCCGAAAACGACUGACUAUAGCUCUAAACGAAAUGCAAUCAAACUGAAGCCAGUAUGAAUGUAGGAAGUAUAUAGCAAAAAGAAGAGGCUUCAGUCUAAUACUAUUCAAUGUAUUUACACUCUUCACUCAUUAACACUUGGCUUUAAAAGCUAUCAGGAGACCUUGGCUGCGGCACCGUUUGUUGCGAUAAACGCACAGCAUGUAGACAUGUUCUUGGUUGACUUUGACAAGAUGGAUGUGUAUUUAUUAAGAUGCGAAGGGUAGUGUGUAAUGGUACGCAGUAUUUCGCUCUGAUGCGAACAUUUGUUGUGAACAAGACGUGAAAAGGACAUAAAAAAUGAGUCAUCUUUUCCUUUGUACUCAGUGUAUUUGUUUAAUGUGUUUUAAUAAAUUCUCUCAGUAAGAAAUGAGAAA